GCGGAUGCUGUGGGAAAGCACAGAGGACUUGCGAGCGCCCAUACACCACAUUCUCUCUCUUUUUCCUCCCAACUCAGACACUUCCCAAACAAAGAGAAGCUCGCAAGGCGGAGGAACAGACCGCAUCUGUCCGAGCCACGGAAUCCUCGUGACCAGAACAACAACACACACUCACCCGGACCGGUUGGAACCGAGAAAAGAUCGAUCAUCAUGUGUAGUAACGGGGCCAGUAACGGGACCAGCGACAUGCUUCAGAUCCAGUUCGGUUUGAUCAACUGCGGGAAUAAAUACCUAACGGCUGAAACGUUCGGAUUUAAAAUCAACGCCUCGGCCACAAGUUUGAAGAAGAAGCAGAUUUGGACCCUGGAGCAGAGCGGGGAGGAGGCUGCCGGUAAUGUGUUCUGUCUCAAGUCGCACCUGGGUCGUUACAUAGCGGUGGAUAAAGACGGGAACGUUACCGGGGAUAGUGAGAGUUCUGGACCCGAGACCCGGUUCAUCAUCACGGCUCACGACGAUGGGAGAUGGUCUCUGCAGUCAGAGGUCCACGGCAGAUAUCUGGGAGGCACAGAGGAUCGGAUCAGCUGCUUUGCCCAGACUGCAUCAGUGGCUGAAAAAUGGAGCGUUCACAUUGCUAUGCACCCUCAGGUGAACAUCUUCAGCGUGACCAGGAAGCGUUAUGCCCACCUGUCCUCUAAGGUGGACGAGGUCUCUAUAGACCGAGACGUCCCGUGGGGGGUGGACUCCCUAAUCACCCUGGUGUUCAGAGACCAACGCUACCACCUGCAGACGUCUGAUAACCGCUUCCUGAAGAACGACGGCAGCCUGGAGGCCACGCCCGACAAGACCACCGGAUACACGCUGGAGUUCCGCUCUGGGAAGGUGGCGUUCAGGGAUUGUUUUGGCCGCUACCUGGUGCCGUCGGGGCCGAGCGGGACCAUGAAGAGUGGGAAGAGCAGCCGCGUGGGGAAGGAUGAGAUGUUCUCUCUGGAGCAGAGUCACCCUCAGGUGGUUCUCACCGCCGGAAACGAGAGGAACGUCUCCACCAGGCAAGGCAUGGACCUGUCGGCCAAUCAGGAUGAGGAGGGAGACCAGGAAGUGUUCCAGGUGGAGAUGAGUCGCGAGACAGGAAACAGGAAGUGUGCAUUCCGGACCGCCGCCGGGAAGUACUGGACCCUCACCGCCUCUGGAGGACUGCAGUGUACCGCCUCCUCUAAGACUGCUAACUGCUACUUUGACAUGGAGUACUGUGGUAAGAAGCUGACUCUCCGUGCCGCCAACGGGAAAUACGUGGCCGCCAAGAAGAACGGCCAGCUAGCCGCCACCGUCGACGCUGCCGGUGAGUCGGAGGAGUUCCUGAUGAAGCUGAUUAACCGUCCAAUCAUAGUCCUCCGUGGGGAACACGGCUUCAUCGGGUGUCGUAAGGUCACAGGGACCCUGGACUCUAACCGUUCCUCCUACGACUACUUUACCCUGACCUUCAGAGAGGGGGCCUACAGCUUACAGGACUCGACUGGGAAGUUCUGGAUGGUGGGCAGCGAGGCGUCGGUGGUGAGCAGCAGUGACGCCCCCGUCGACUUCCUGUUAGAGUUCUGCGACUACAACAAGGUCGCUAUCCGCUCCGUCGCCGAGGGGAAGUAUCUCCACGGCGACCACGCUGGUGUCUUGAAGGCCAACGCCGACAACCUGGAGACCGCCACGCUCUGGGAGUACUGACCUCCCCGACCCUGUUACUACGGCAAUGCAGCACAGCACCCCCCAACUCCUUCCUCCCUCCCCUCCCUCCCCUCCCUCCCUCACCCCUCUCAGACCAGGGCUGUGUUCAGUAUGGUGAAAUGUUCACAGUAUUGUAGAUGGGAAUGUGAUACCUAGAGCUGACCCCCAUUUAUCUUGUUUGUUUUUUUUCCGUGAUAAUGAAUCCUUAUCUCCUCUAAUCUACACGUUUUUCUAUGCGACUGUUGCGAUGUUCCACCGUCCUCAACAGGACCAGCUGAGUGAACUGCACAGAGGAGGGGAGAAGGAGAGCUGGGGGGGAGGUGUGUCCAUCUAAGACUCUCCUUCACCUCCCUUAUUCUCUCUCUCUCUCUCUCUCUCUCUCUCUCUCUCUCUCCCUAGCUCUCCCUUUCCCUGUUCCAUUCUGCAGUACCCACCUGUAUUUGUUGCCAUAGUUAGUGGGGCUGUGCACUUUUUUUUCUUCUCCCACCCGUCCAAGAGCAGCACGGCUUGAUGUGUCACUCACUCAGUUCCAGAUGUAUGAUUGGCCCACUCUCAAACAGCUGACCCAAGCCCCCCUCCCCCUCAACUAAACACUUCUUUAACUGGACACUUUUUUUUCUCUCUCUCUAUCCAUCUCUCUCUCCAUCUGUCUGUUUAUUUCAGUCUUUGUAUCUCUCCAUCUGUCUGUCUCUCUGACCUCUGUAUAAAACAGCACAUGGUGACAGACAGUAUUUAUCAUGUAUGACCUGAUUUAGGACGGGAUUCAAUCCCACAAUGCUUGUUUUUAAAGGCAAUGUUCACGGUAAACGCUGCACAUGUCGGCUUAUUCAGUGGCCGUAUUGAAUCCGGGC